AUGUCAAAUUUAGAUGCUUUAGAUGAGCUUAAUCGAGAGCUCUUAUUAAGGAUUAAUAGGAAUUACAAUCAAACUAAUCAAAAUCAAGAUCAAGAUCAAAACCAAGAUCAAGAUGAUCAAAAUCAAGAUAAUGCUACUUUGAAUAAUCAAAUUGGAGAUGGAAAUGAAAAUGAAAAUGAAAAUGAUGAAAAUGAUGAAAACGAUGAUACUAAUAAUAACGAAAAUGAUAAUAAUAACAACAUGCCAGAUAUAGUGAUGUUUGAUGACUAUCAAGAUAGAUUAGAUUUAAUUAAUAGAAAUAAUAAUUUUAAUGACGAGGGAAGUUUUUUAAACAAUUUAAUUGAUAUCUUUGGAUUAGUAAUACUACCGAUCUUUUUUUUCAAAGCAGCAAAGGAUUUAUUUAAUAUCGCUACAUUUUCCAAUGACUUUAUAAGAGACUUUGUUAACUAUUUAUUUUUAUCGCCAAGUCAGUUAUUAAUUUUAAGCAAUCAUAAUGAAAAUAGUGGGAAUAGUGAUAAUGGGAAUUUUUACGAGACUCGAAUUUUAUCCAAAACACUAAGCAAUAGCUUGACCACUACAAUAUUGAGAUUUACAAGAGAAUUUAUAAAUUUGAACCAGGAAAAUGAAACGUAUAAAGCUGCUAAUGGAAAUGAGCAAAACAGCGGGAGUGUUAUUGAAAACAAUGGGGGUUUUGUUGAGGUUAGUUUGUUAAUCAGAUUCAAUAAUGCUAUACUAGAAAACUACUUUGAUUUUUUCCAGAAAUACCCACUCCUCUUGAAGACUGUAACAGUGGUUUUCUUCCUGGUCUACUCUGCAUCGUUUUCACUCUACCUACUAGCUGGACUAUUGUUCUACUCAUUCUGCUUGUAUCUAAUCAUCCACUCGAGAUGGACCGAGCUCUACACCUUCUUGCUCAAGGCCAUCAAGAAAAGCAAUGGCGUGUUCUAG